GCUCCCCACGGGCAAAACAUUUCAAUUUUCAUCAAUCAGGGCGAUCACACGGGGAUAUCAGGCCUACGCAUAAUACCUACUUUUUUGGCGAUAAGUACAACCUGAUCAAACUUCUGGGUGGUGGUAUAUUUAUGAACGCCAUCGUUACAUGUAGCAUCCACCAGCAUCCACCACAAUCGCCGCCCACUUUCUUGAAUGACUUUCGUCUCAAAUGAUCCCAGUUGGUGGCCGGCAAUCGAUUUUGCUCGUGUUUUCAGCUAUUUUGCAGUUGCAUCCUUUACUGCGCUGGUAUACGAUUGGGCACUGACAUUAGGAGAAGAAGUUGAAUUGGUCUGGAGGAGCCAUUGGUCCUUCAUGACCGUUCUGUAUGUCAUCGUGCGCUAUGUCGGAAUACUAUACUCUGCCAUGAACAUGCUGCGUAGUCUCCCGGAAGUCUCGAUGACCGAUGCAGUGCGUACUAUUAUGACCUUCGCGCGUUGGUCCACGACUUUUGUUAUAAAUAUCUUGCUUGGCGUCAUCAUGAUCGCUCGGUUAUAUGCAAUGUAUCAGCGAUCCAGAAAGGUCCUCAUCUAUCUCGUGAUGUUCCUGGCUCUCCCAGCUAUCUCCGGAAUGAUUGGCGCAAUAGAAAGCCGCCAUAUGGGAGGGGAGGAGCUCAUCCUCUCCGGCACCUAUCAGUGCCUUGAGCGGGGAAUCAUCCGAUUUCUGCCAGUGAUCGUGGCCCUCAUACUUGACACUGUAUGGGAGGUCAUUGCAAUGUGUUUUGCAGUUUGGAAUGCCGUAAAAUACAUCUUUGAACUGCAACGGCCUCGGACCAGAUGGACCAUCGGAGCAGUGUUGAUGCAAACUCACGUGUUUUAUUUUUUAUCCUUUGCUAUUGUUUCUUGCCUCAAUCUCGGCUACCUGUUUCCAAAUUUCUUGGAAUCAUAUUCUGUGGGAGCUCAGAUUUAUAGUGGUGUUGGUGAGAUUGCUGCGGUCGUGCAGAUGUUUGUGCUGGGACCACGCCUCAUCCUAAACGUCCGAGGAUAUCACGCCAGGAGCGCAUACGUAUGUCAACUAUAGCACGGGAGUGAAUUCAAAGCGUUCAACACUUGUCGGGUAUUUGUUUGGAGUUUAGUCGCGGCGUGGAUUUGGUGGUCGGAAGUAGAUUCGACGAUGACGGAGAGAAAUAGCGAUUUAACCAUGUUGCAUCACUGCUGCCAGUGGAAGCCUACUCCCGCGAAGUGCACGACGUCUUGCAACUGGCAAACAAGUCUGUUGGUGUUUGAUAUGCACGCGGGUUCGGGAUUUAUU